CAAACUUAGAACAACUUUGCUUUGUAAAGAGAAAGAAAACGUGGAUAGGUUAUUACAACCUAUUAAAGCCACAUGGAAAACAAAGGGUGUUAGCAUUGUUAGUGAUGGGUGGAGUGAUCCACAAAGAAGGCCUUUGAUUAACAUUAUGAUUGCUUCCGAAACGGGUCCUAUGUUUAUGAAAGCUAUUGAUUGCUCGGGUGAGAUUAAGGACAAAGAUUUCAUUGCUACCUUAUUAAGUGAGGUGAUUGAUGAAAUUGGAGAUCAAAAUUUUGUUCAAAUAAUCACAGAUAAUGCAAGUAAUUGUAAGGCUGCAGGGGAAUUGGUUGAGGGUAGGUAUCCUCAUAUAUAUUGGACACCAUGUGUUGUUCAUACACUUAAUCUUGCAAUGAAAAGCAUUUUGUGCAGCUAAGAAUGUGUUGAAUAAUGUUGAAGUGUAUGAUGAAUGUCAUUGGAUAACGGAAGUUCAUGUAGAUGCCUUGUUCAUUAAAAAUUACAUGAUGAAUCAUUCGAUGAGGCUUUCAAUGUUCAAUAAGUUUUCUCCAUUAAAACUACUUUGCAUUGCCGAUACUUGUUUUGCUUCUAUUGUGUGCAUGCUUAAAAGGUUGAAACUCCUUAAAACAUCACUUCAAUCAAUGGUUAUUAUUGAGAAUUGGUCCUUAUACAAGGAUGAUCGACGCGGGCAAGCCUCACAUGUAAGGGAAAAGAUUUUGGAUGAAAUAUGGUGGGACAAAGUUGAUUACAUUCUUGACUUCACACGCCCAAUCUAUGAUAUGAUUAGGGUUUGUGACACCGACAAAUCUUCCUUGCAUUUGGUUUAUGAAAGAUGGGAUAUUAUGGUUCAAGGGGUGAAAGAUGCCAUCUACAAGAAAGAGGGUAAACAAGAUUAUGAAGAAUCUACCUUCUUUAAUGUAGUUAAAGGGAUUCUUAGUAGUCGUUGGAGUAAGGGUAGUACUCCACUCCAUUCAUUAGCACAUUCUUUGAAUCCAAGAUUUUACACGGAAGAAUGGCUUAAUGAGGUCCCGGGACGAGUUGCUCCAAGUGCCGACAAUGAAAUUUCCACACAAAGAUUACAAUGUUUUCGAAGGCUUUUCCAAAGUCUCAAUGAAAGAUUCAAGAUCAACACAGAAUUUGCUAUAUUUUCCCAAAAAUCGGAGGGGAUCUUUCUCAACAUUGAUUGCAUGCAUGAUAUGGCUUUGAUGGAUGCUAAAAAUUGGUGGGCAACUUAUGGUUCUCAGGUGCCUAUGCUUCAAGGUUUGGCUUAUAAGCUAUUAGGUCAACCUUCUUCCUCUUCUUGUAGUGAAAGGAAUUGGAGCACCUAUAAGUUUAUUCAUUCUUGCACUAGAAAUAAGCUUACUCCUAAACGUGCUCAAGACUUGGUAUACAUUCAUAACAACCUUCGAUUACUUUCUAGGAGAAGUGAAGAGUACACUAAGGGGAGAUCUAAGUUGUGGGAUGUGGGUGGGGAUGAGCAUGACAACCUAGGAGAGGUUGGUAUUCUAGAGAUGGCCGAGCUCUCACUUGAUGAACCCGAGAUGGAAAGUAUGAUUUUUGAUGAUGUACUUGGUGAUGGUGAAGAAUGAAACUAUUAGUACUUAUGUUUAUUUUAUUUAUGAUUUGUAAAACUACUUAAUAUUAAGACAUGUAUUUGGUUUGAUGGUUUCUUCCUAUGUAUGCGACUAUGUUCGUACACUUUGUUUAUUUACUUUGUUUAAACAGAUUUGUGUGUUUUGAGGCUAAAUUUUUAGUGUUUUAUUGAACAGGUUGUCAAAUUCUCGUUUUUUGGAUAUAUUAUAUGUCUUGUUAUACGCCGUACCCGUGUCCCCUAUUUCAGGAUUGCCAU